GGCAUGUUUCCUCGAUAGGGGUAGUCGUAGUGGAUGAAGUUCGUGGCGCAGUUAGCGCGCAACAAGUCAUGUUGUCGCCGAGAUCCUCGACUCCUUCUAGCGUGGUAGCAGUUCUAGCAUGUUGUUGUUUUCUGAAUCUGAGUCACCGUUGUGUAUCUGCACUACGUUAUCAUGGAGAAACCAAAAGAGGUGUAAUUGAGCAACAAGUACAAGUACAUGACAGCUUUGUCGGACGACGGGAUCAUGCACGUGAAAAAAUUGUAGUGGAGCAACGUAAGGAUGAAAAUGAAGGUGCUUCGACGAAGCGAAUCAAUUACGACGGAUCACGUGAAGAUGCCGUUCUCUCAGCUGACGUGUUGUGGCGGUCCAUACUCGAUCGACCGAAUCGCAAGGCGCUCUCGCAGCACCAGAACAAGACCUCUAGCGAUGAGAAGGCAGUAGGUAGAGUGCUGUAAUAUUUUCUCCGAAUAAUUCACAUUCUUCAGAAGUGUCCUCCUCCUCUCCACUAGUUUGUAAAGUUCUUGUGGCAAGAAAUUGAACUGCUUGUUCUUUUUCACUGUGUGUUCUCUUGAGGGAUGACCGCACGACCAUUUCUUCAACGUUCAGGUCUGUCGACUGUUGUCGGCAAGAAUGGCCACGGCUCGAGCAAAAUUCGGGAACUAAUGCUCAGGGUUUAUUACGGCGCCAACUCCGGAACGGCAAGAUCGACUUCGUAUAUGACGGCCGACGAAUGCGCUCGUGCAGUCGAUGAUCUGGUGCUAGCUUCUAGGCAUGAAGAACAAGAAAACUUCGGAGUUGGCACUCUGCUUUCGAGACGUCAGGCUGCUCAAGAACUCUGCCGUGUAGAUGGAAAAAAUGAACAAGAAGAUCCAACAACCUCUGGUUCCGAGUUGCAUCAACAUCUUGCGUUUUUGUCGGAAGACACGUUCUCGCGCCAUUACUACACAUGGCGUCAUCGCGAGACCUUGUACCGGAACAACUCAUGCGCCUCCAUUGACGCGCAGCUGCUGUCCCAAAGUGACGUGAAUGCCCACUGGGAGGCGGAGAACCGCGCUAUAGCGCAGGAGAACCUCGAUUUGCUAGCUGCAGCAAAGGAGCGCUUGCAGGUAACGACGACAGUGUUGUCUACCAAAUCGACUUCCUUCUUGCAACAGACUUCAAGAUUAGAACAGCACAGUGCUGGUCAAAAGAGUCUAGGAGCGCCGCGCGGACGUGAGGACGCGGCAAAACAUGUUAGUGUACGUGAAUUGUUGAAGAACGCGAUCAGAACAACAAAAGCACAGAUUCGAGACUACAAGAACCGUGUUAAGAAGAAGGUGUACGCGAAAAUUUCUUCUUCUGCAGGUCAGCAUCAGAACAACGCGAAUGAGGAAAAGCAACUGCACGAGCACGAGGAUCUAAAGGAGCGCCAAGAGAGGAUGCAAAAGGCGGCAGAAGCAUCAACUCAAAUAGCGGGCGUGACCAAAGCGUAUCAUUUGACGGCAUCCGCCGACCUGACAUCCCGAAAAAACACUUCUGACGAGAGAAGCAAGAAGAGGCGUGCUAAGAUCGCAGAGGAAAAACUGCAGGAAGACUUUCAGAACUUUCUAAAGAAUGUUGACGAUGGCGCUAUCGAAGAAGAUGUUGAACCUGGUGCUGAUGAAGUAGACGUUGAUGAAGUAGAAGCUGAAACGUCCUCUAGCUCUAGCAGGGGUUCUGCAAGUACUUCUUCAGGAAACGAUGCAUCAUCCUCUGCAAAUGAUGCGUUGUCCACGGCCACGGCUUCCACUUCUUCUUCCAAGAGCGCUCGUGCCAAAGCGUCCUUUGAAUUUGAUCUUGAAGAAGAAGUCAAUAAGCGCAUGGCUAAUGCGCGUAGGAAAAACAUGAUCAUCAAGAAGCAGCUGCAGGCUUCUUCUACAUCAAGUUCGCAGCAGCGAAAGCCGCAUCAUUGGGGUCUUACGCUCGAGGAGUUUGCGAAGCGCCUUUCCCGUGACGUGCUUAGCGGCGCCAGAGAUGCAGAUGGAAGUGAGAAGAAGCGCGAAGACGGGAUAAAAGGAAAGGACAAGAUGAAUUCGUAUUCGACGAAGAGGCGCAAACAAUCUGUUACAAGAGGAAGUAUACGAGAAGAUCACGAUUCAGAACACACUACUCAAAAUCAAGCUGAUGCUGGUACAGAAGGAGUGGAGCAAGCUGCAGAGAGGACUCCUUCCGAAUCGUUUGCGUCUAGGCUCGAAACGGCCAUUUUAACUCGACGCGCUUCACGUGCUGCAGCGAGCAUGCGGGAAAAGGCGAAAACAGUGAGUGGAGCGAUCCGCAAGGCCACACUCGAAUCUUCGCGCAGUUUGCAAGCAGCAGAGCGCAGUAUCGAAGCGAAAAGUGAUGAUGUUAUCGCUGCGGCGCGCGAACGCCGCCGUGCGCGUAGCGAUCACGAGAUGCUCGAACAAAGCAAAAUCAUGCUACAGCGAAAUCUCGAGAAGCUCGCAGGUAAUUUCUAUUUUUUCAUUUCUCACCAACUUCUUUCAAACAGUUGUGACGUACAUAGGCACAGCUUUGAUCCGACAGCUUCCUACUUCAAUCAAGGACUACUUUUCACAACCACAUCGUUUUGAUCAUUGUUCUUGUUGAUACGACUGCUUUCCACGUCUUCUACUGUGAUUAUUGUGAAGGUAGUCUCGAUUCAUAAUCUUUGUCAGCUCACAAUUAUUGCAGUAAACCUGGAGCAGGAGCUCAAAAUCAAGGUCUACAUCUACAUCGAACCAAACUAAUCGCAGGUGAGAAGAAUUUUCUGCUGUCUCUGUGAACAAAACCCCUUUUUUAUCUUCAGCUCGCGUCGAGCCUUUGUCUGAGGAAGAAUUUGCGUCAUUACCACUCGAUUUGAUGCACAAGAGGGUGGAAACUGAGGAAGGACGUGCGUCGGGGAAAGAAAUAUGCGUGGAUCCGCUCCUAUUGUCGACGCAUGCACAGCUCUUGUACGCAAACCGCCGACUCAACGAUCGGUUGGAAUCGGACAGUGCAUGAUAGACUUAUAAACUACCGCAUCCUAAACCUAAUAUACCGACUUCUUAUUAAUUUUUUUCCACAUUCAGAUUGAUGUUUGAGAACAACAAGAACAAGAAACUCGUUUUUUCCCCAAUAAAGUAGAAUUGAUCAUACAGAGAAGAAGCAACUGGCAGCUGGAAAAUGACCGCAUGCAAGCAUAACGAACAGCCACGUCGGUCCCUGAGGAUCUCUCCGAUGACAACAAGCGAGUGUUAAGGUUUCCAACCUGAACUUGUGUCGUAUACGUGGUUACGCACACAUAAGCCUCGGUCCAGACUGGCAUUAUUUACUUA